GGAGAGUGACAGCACCAUGGUGUACCAAACAGCUAUCGGCAGCAUGUGGAACACUUUGGUUUGGCAGCAGGUGGCGGCGCUACUGUGUCUGCUCGCUGUCCUGCUGAAAGCAACUCAGCUAUACUUGAGCCAAAAGAGACAAGAGAACAUUUUUAAGCAGUUUCCCGGCCCUCCCCGUCACUGGCUGCUCGGUAAUGUCGAUCAGAUACGCCGAGAUGGAAAGGAUUUGGACUUGCUGGUGAACUGGACACACAAAAAUGGUGGUGCUUUUCCUGUAUGGUUUGGAAAUUUUUCUUCAUUCCUUUUCCUUACCCAUCCUGAUUAUGCCAAAGUUAUAUUUGGUAGAGAAGAACCAAAGAGCAGCAUUUCAUAUGAUUUCCUUGUGCCAUGGAUCGGAAAAGGAUUAUUGGUCUUAACAGGACCAAAGUGGUUUCAGCACCGUCGGCUGCUCACUCCAGGGUUUCAUUAUGAUGUACUAAAGCCAUAUGUAAAUCUGAUAUCUAAGUGCACAACAGACAUGCUGGAUAACUGGGAGAAACUUAUUACCAAACAAAAAACAGUGGAGCUUUUCCAGCAUUUGAGCCUAAUGACUUUAGAUAGCAUCAUGAAAUGUGCCUUCAGCUAUGACAGCAACUGCCAGAAGGACAGUAACAAUGCCUACAUUAAAGCAGUCUUUGAUCUCUCCUACGUGGCAAAUCUCAGGCUUCGAUGCUUUCCCUAUCAUAAUGAUACUGUAUUCUAUCUCAGUCCUCAUGGGUAUCGCUUCCGAAAAGCCUGCAGAAUAACUCAUGAGCACACAGAUAAAGUGAUACAACAGAGGAAAGAAUCCAUGAAGCUUGAAAAGGAACUGGAAAAGAUCCAGCAGAAGAGACAUUUGGAUUUUUUGGAUAUUCUUCUUUUUGCCAGGGAUGAAAAAGGCCAUGGUCUAUCUGAUGAGGACCUCCGUGCAGAGGUGGACACAUUUAUGUUUGAGGGCCAUGACACAACUGCCAGUGGAAUCUCCUGGAUCUUAUACUGUAUGGCCAAAUACCCAGAGCACCAGCAGAAGUGUCGGGAGGAGAUUAAGGAAGUCCUGGGAGACAGACAGAUAAUGGAAUGGGAGGAUCUGGGUAAGAUUCCCUACACCAAUAUGUGCAUUAAGGAGAGUCUGCGUAUGUAUCCCCCUGUACCAGGAGUGGCUCGACAACUUCGAAAUCCUGUCACCUUUUUUGAUGGUCGCUCUGUUCCUGCAGGAACGCUGAUUGGGUUGAGUAUUUAUGCCAUCCACAAAAACCCAGCUGUUUGGGAAGAUCCUGAGGUAUUUAAUCCCCUGAGAUUUUCCCCAGAAAAUUCUGCCAACAGACAUUCUCAUGCUUUCUUGCCCUUUGCUGCAGGACCAAGGAACUGCAUUGGGCAAAAUUUUGCCAUGAAUGAAAUGAAAGUAGCUGUGGCACUUACACUGAACAGAUUCCACCUUGCACCUGACCUAGAAAAUCCUCCCAUCAAAAUACCACAGUUGGUCCUGAAAUCAAAGAAUGGAAUUCAUGUGCACCUUACUAAAGUCCAAUGAAACAAGCAUUCACAUUAGCCUCUUUCCCUCUACAUCUGCUUGGAUCUUUCAGUCAAUAUGCUGUUCAGUUUUUUAGAUGCUCUUUCACUGAGAUUAAUAGGAUUUCAAAUGAAAUGGAAUGUCUGCCGUAUCUAUAACAGUUUGUAAACAAAGAAAGUCCAAGGUCAUUAAACUUUUAUGUACAGAGAUAAAA